CCGAGAUCCCCGCGCCCCGCCCAACGGGACCCUCACAGCCCGUUCCCCGCAGGGCCCGCGCCUGCAGGUGCCGCCAGGAUGAAGGUGGUGGAGGAGCCCAACGCGUUCGGGCUCAACAACCCGUUCCUGCCCCAGACCAGUCGCCUCCAGCCCAAGAGGGGUCCUUCCCCAGUGUCCGGGCCCGCCCACCUCUCCAUACUUUCUGGAAAGUGCUUCAGCCUGGUGGAGUCCAUGUACAAGUACGAGCUGUGUCCCUUCCACAACGUGACGCAGCACGAGCAGACCUUCCGCUGGAACGCCUACAGCGGGAUCCUUGGCAUCUGGCACGAGUGGGAAAUCACCAACGGCACCUUCACGGGCAUGUGGAUGAGAGACGGCGACUCCUGCCGCUCCCAGAGCCGGCAGAGCAAGGUGGAACUCACCUGUGGAAAAAGCAACCGACUGGCCCACGUGUCUGAGCCAAGCACCUGUGUCUACGCGCUGACGUUUGAGACGCCCCUUGUCUGUCACCCCCAUGCCUUGUUAGUGUACCCAGCCCUGCCCGCAGCCCUGCAGCAGAGGUGGGACCGGGUGGAACAGGACCUGGCCGAUGAGCUGAUCACUUCCCAGGGCUAUGCCAAGUUGCUCAGGGCGCUUCUUGAAGAUGCUGGCUACCUGAAGAGUUCAGAAGAGAGCGAAUCUGCACAGCAGGAAGCAGGCACUGCAGGCCUGGUGUUUGAGAACCUGGAGGACUGCAGCAGGGCACACAAAUCACUGUUAGAAGAGGUCAGGAGGCUGAGGAACGUGCUGACCCAGCAUGGCAUUCCGCACACAAAGCCUGCAGUAGAAACUUCCACCUCUGAGCAUUUGGGCACCAAGGCCCCCACAGACAGGACAGCAGAGCAGCUGCGAGGUGACCCAGGACUGCAAGGACCCCUCCUGUGAGCGGGGGUAGGCUGGAGAGCAGAGCAGGCUGCUGGCUGGGGCCGCGGCAGGGCAAGAAGGCCAGGUGGACACACCGCGGGCAGAGGCCACACUGCCCACGUGCCUACCAGCCAGCCCGACUCAAACUGGUGCUCAAAGACACAGACAAAAUAAAGAUUCAGAGUUUUAAUUAAUUCCCAUAUGGAUAAAAAUAAUUCCAUGAAUUCUGUAAACUGUUGCAUAAAUGCUAUAGUGUAAAAAGAUUUAAACAAGUGUUAACUUUAAACAAUUCACUACAAAUAAAUGAUUAUGCAUUAUAAAUACUA